AGUGGGGUGGCCGUCAGCAGCGAUCACUCUCACUUUAGCUGUAGUUAGGGUGGUGUGUGCUUGGUGUGUGUUUUGUUUGCAUGGCUCAUUAGUGCUACUGGAACGAAGACAGCCGCCUAAUUAGAAUAGGUACCAAGGGCUUUUCUUGGACUUGACUGCAGAUACAGAAGUCGACUGCACUAAAAUAUGAUGGGGACCUUAAGGUCAAUGCUGCUAUUACUCCUUAUCAACACACUGAGUCACAACGCCCUGGGAAGGCCACAAGCUGAUGAAGCUGUUAAAAUAAUCACUAAGCCUUCACCAGGAGAAGAAUAUGUACUGUUCCAAAGUGGGAAAAUGGUGAUCCCACAAAAACAUUCAAAGCAACUGGAAAGAGAUGCUGUGAAAGGCUUCUCAACUUCACAUAAGAUACCUGGUCAAGGACGUACUGACAAGUCUUCAUUAUCAUCACCACUUAUCAAGCCUGAGAAUGUAUUCUCAACAUCUCAUAAAAUCACUCAAUAUCGUGCACCUUUAGUGAAACGUUCCACAGACAGCUAGCAAAAAAAAAGUCCUACUGAUGAAAAUCAAGAACUAAAUAGGGAUACCUUGCUCAGAUUAUUGUCUGAGACCAUUCUUACCCCUGAUCAGCUGUUGCCACAGACUGACCCCAAGAUAAAACCUCAAUAUGAAGAGAUACGAACUGAAUAUUCUGUAGUAACAAGUAAACCUAGGAAAGUGGUCCCAUCAGCAAAACAUAUCCCAAUAGUUAAAAUUGAACCUAAAGGUGAUUCUGGAGUAAUUGAAGAGAAAAUGAAUGGACCAGAUGUACAUAAAGUAAUGCAAAGGAAACUGAGUGUAGAACGGGGCAAGGAAAGCAGAAAUAUAUCUGAUGUAGCUGUAGAAGAAUCUGAUGAGAGCCUAAUUCGAAGCGUACAAGUGAAACCUGUUUCUCAAGUUGGUGUUACAAGUCCAAAAUUUGAAACCAAAGAAGGUGAAAUUUCAGUACCAAUUCAGAAAAUGGAAGUACCAUAUUCUGACACAGUGACAACCACAACAGUGCUUCCGUUAACAAGCACAACUACAGGGCUCACAAAGUCAAAUUUUGACAUAAUUCCAGUAAAUCUUGUAGCAGACAAAACAAAGAAAGAACAUGAAAAAGAUCUUGAUUUUGUCGACUCUCCACUUGGUGAUAAGCUUCUUGUCCCAGCAGGUUCAUCAAGUAACCAGCAAUCACGUAUUGAAGUAAAGAAAGGUCCAAAUGGACAAGAUUAUGAGUAUGAAUAUGUUUACUAUUAUUACGAUGAUGAAGAUAACGAUACAAUUGCCACAGCUGAUGAGAAGUCACAUGUUUCUGCAAGUCCACCCACAACCAUUUCUACCACUACAGAGAGAACAUCAACUUCUGGAAAACGAUAUUUACCAUCAGCAUCUCACAAGGACACUGAUGAAGAGGCAAAUCAUGCAGCAGCUACAAGAGGACGUAGCAGAAACAGGAGUCAGCCUCAAGGGGUAACAGAACAGCAAAAUCAUCCUGAGCAACUGGAAGGGAAACCAAGUAAUGGAAGGCAACGCUACACAACAAUUGAGAGAAACAGAGGGGAAGCGAGUACAACAGUGGCCCCAGAAUCAUCAAAUGAGGUGCUGCCACCUUCUCGUGGAUCAAGGUCCCGUGGCCGCCAGCUGACUCUGCAAACAACGCCUGAGCCUCCUGAUGAACCCACACCUGUGGCUGAGGAGCGUCUACCAGCCAACACUCGCUUUCCCCCACGUUCACGAUCUAAUCACAACAGUGCAACAGUCACUACUCCAUCCUCUGAAGAAGCACUGGCUACGAGAGGACGAUCAUCAUCUGGUAAUGGAGCAUCCAGUACCACCAAUGGUGUAAGGCGCCCCAGUCUAGAACUGGUAGACAGCAGCUCAUUCAGAACACAUUCUAGCGAUGCAUCACGCGGCCAGGAUCUUACAUCACAACCACCUUCAUUCCCUUCGGUGCUUCCAUCAGGACCAUUUAGAUUCCUUGGAGUAACUCCAAAUGAAGAGAGUGCAGAAAAAGAAGUCAAGCAUCAUUCUAGCAGGGUCAGAGGGAGAGGUGAUCAGGGCACUGCAACAAUUUCUGCAGCAGCAGAAAAUGCAGACACAGAAACAACUAGCAACCGACAUGCACCUCACAUACGCAGACCAUCUACAUCAUCUCUUCCUCCAGAGUCAGAGGAAGAUGAAAAGCUUUUUGAUGAUGAUGAUACUGAAAGUAUUCCUACAGAUGAACUAAGAGGACCUGUCAGCCAUGAUAGGAGACCAGCCCCAGUUACUGAGAAUCCAGAAACAGAUUCCACAGCAGAUAACACUGUCUCAACUACAGAGGAAGACAUUGGAUUAACAGCCGCUGUGAUGGAUAAAGCAGCAUUGGAUCUAUAUGCCAUUUUUCAACAGGCACAAGAUGAAAAUGCCAGUAACUUUGUAGAUGAGAAUGCAACAGAGGGCAGACUUGAGGAUGAUGAAGUAAAGGAGAACACCACAGAGGGCAUUAGUACGACAGUUGCAGUCAUUACGACAACCACCACUACCACAACAACAACCACAACUGAGGCACCCACAACUACCACAACUACAACGGAAGCACCUACAACUCAGGCUACUGGCAGUAAUCGCUACAAGCCUAGAAGGAUAGGCCAUCGUGGACAGAAUGGACAGAAUAAGUACCGUCAAAAUGGUGCAUCUACAUCCACAACAGAACCUGCCCCUGUAGAAACUAGCACCAGGGCAAAAGGUCGAUUUGGUAACAACAGGACACCAGUUGGAGGUGGAUCAUUUGGACGACGUGGCCAACACAAGACAACAUCAAAACCAGCAGAGGAAGAGGCUGUGAAAGAGGAGAGCAAGGAAGUGGUCUCAACAGCGCCUAAGAAUAAUGGUCUUCCUAGGACAAGAUUUGGAACAACAAGAAGCACCAGGGUAACCAGCACAACUACUGCACCCCCUGAUGUGGGUUCUACUUCAGGAACACAUGCACAACGGCCUGCGUUUGCAGACAGAUAUAAUACGAGGCGUCGUGGUGGACCCACUAGAGCAACAUCAACACCAUCUAGUGAUGUAACCAAAGUAGACAACAUAAGUACAGAAGAUAACAGUGAACCAGCUGCAGUAUCUGAACCAUCAAUUACCACUCCUAGGACAGCAGGAAGAGGUCGAAUAAACAUUGGUGGUGGUCCUCGACCACUUCGUCCUGGACCAAAAAUCAAUAUUGGUGGUCGCCCAAGACCAGGUGUAGCCCCUGCUUCUGCUGCCAUAACACAAGCUGCUCCCACUGAGUCCGAUCAAGAAGGAAAUGAGCAAGCAAGUCAUCCAACAACAGCUGAUGAUACACAGUCUGAGGCACAGGAACAACAAGAAACUGUAACAACACCAAUUCCUGAUGCACUCACACGUUUACGCAGUCGUCCAAGGUUACACAUUACUGGAGCAGUGAAAACCACUGCUGCACCUGCAACAAACAGCAAUAGCCGCCGUCACUUGGUGUCUUCAUUACUUCCAAAGAGACGCCCCCUCCACCCCACUCCAGAGACUAAGGAACCUGAGACAGCUGAAACUCAUGAUUCUGAUGAUACCGAUGAUUCAGAAUCAGCUGUUAAACAGAGCAGUGGUGAAGAGACUCAAGAAACUGCUGAAGGAACAGCAACAGCAGCAACAUCAGAACCUCAUGAUGCCCCACGUGAAAAUCGUCUCUCUUCAUUAUUGUCAGGAAGAAGAAGAGCCAAUAUAGCAAGACGGCCAGGAACUCUCCUCCCAUCAACAGGGAAACAGUCAGGUCAAGAUUCAGCAUAACUUGUGUUGCCACCAUGAAUAGAAGGCACAUAAUUCUGAACGAUACAUCAUAUGAAGAGUGCAGUACUUUUCUUUUAUACUGAAAAGAAAAGACAAUGAAGAAAGUAUGAUAAGGAAGUGUUCCCUUUCUGACUUAGAAAAUAUUCUUGAGAGUAAUGAACUCUUUACAACUAUUACAGCCCAAAUGGUUUAAACAUAAACUGAAUGCUGCAGCCAUGCAUUGUUAAUUCCACAUCCUGCAAAAGGCUCAGGUGAAUACUACACUUUACUUUAUUUAAAUCGUAAAAUGUUGUAAAUUAUUGUAUUCCAUAUGCAGUGUACUCUGAGAACUCUGUGAUAACCUUUCAUGGGAAUUAUAUUUCACUACAAAAUAAAUGUCUUUGCAUAUCCAUUAAUGUGGGUUGAAGUAAAUUAUGGCAAAUGACAAUUAUGAAUAUACGUUAUGUAUUUAGCAUGACAUCUGAUUGUGAACUUGUGAUGGCAUACAAAGUCGCCUUUAUUGUUCAUAAUGGCCAAAAAAUGUAUACUGCAACUACUGUUAAAGAAUGCUUUAGAUUUGUUUGAAGAAUGAGAUAUUUUUGAUAUCUGACAAGCAAUAAUGAGCAUAUCACUAAACAACUGUAUUGGAGUUCUCCAUUCCUAGUUCUUAGCAAAUAAGAAUAAAACCCUUUUUUAUUAUAAUUUAUUGCUCCCAAAAUUAUCCAAAAACAGCAACAGUUUUCUUGUUUAAUUACAUGGAACGAAUACAAAACUGUCCAAUUUUUAUAUUACUGAGAUCAGUCAGCAUUCUCUGCUUGUCUCCAUGGUUGUUUCUGGUAAAAAUCAAUAUUUAUUAAGAAUGACACCCAGAUACUAGAUUACAGUAAUAUAUAAUAUGCCUGUCAAUCACUAUAUUUUUGCUUUUCAAUACCAAUGUUCUAUAGAAAUAUUAUCAUACUACAUGUUUCAGUUUUUCGACCAUAAUCUGGCAUUUUCUAGAUAAUAAAUUGUGUCAUUAUUUGCUAUUAAGCUGGAUACCCAAUAGAUCUGCUGUUGUUAGUCUUGGUCAUGUAAGUUAAAAUAAUACAUAUAACACAUAUAAGUACUCAAUGUUUUAUACAUAUUAAUACAAAUAUAAAUAAAAUAUAAUUGUCAAUUGCUAAAAUUCUUGAAAUAUGAUUAUUUCUUAGCUAAUC